GCCACGGGAGAGAUCCGACUCAGCGAAGUCGCCGCAAACUUGGCUCGAGACGGACCCUUCGCUGUUUACCGAUGCGCGUGUCACACCGGCAUACAAAGUGACCCCGCGUUGCGCAUUCGAUCACUUCGCGCUGGGCUACUAACGCAAGCAAAUCAUGGGAUGUUUAUGAGAGUAGGCACUUUUUGGACUUGCAGAGGAGCUCGUAAUAGUUUCAACAUCUGUAACCUCUGAAACAAAGACGUGUCAUAUCUUCGAGUGGAGAAAGUGUGUCUGUGUUUUAGAGAGAGAGAGAGAGAGAGACAGAGAGAGAGAGAGAGAGAGAGAGAGAGAGAGAGAGAGAGAGAGAGAGAGAGAGAGAGAGAGAGAGAGCGAGCUCUGGAACCUGGAUAAAUUUAAAAUUCACUGAGAUGGAAUAAGAGCUAACUGCAGCUAAAUUAGUUCUAAUUCUUAUGAGUUCCCUUUGGCUUAUGGAAUAAUAUAGGCCAUGGACAACUUUUUCACAGAGGGCUCUCGGGUGUGGCUAUGGGAAGAGGACCAGUAUUGGCCCAGCACAGUGGACUCCUGUUCUGGUGGAGUGGUGGUGUUCCGCACAGACUAUGGACAGGUAUACACCUAUAAGCAAAAUGCCUUGAGCAGACAAAGAGUGUAUGAGAUGCAGAGGAGCAGUGUGUAUGGGGUAGAGGACAUGGCAUCACUGCAGGACCUGCAUGAGGGGGCCAUUCUACACAACCUGCACUUGAGAUACACAAAGAACUCUAUAUAUACAUAUAUUGGUUCGAUAUUAGCAGCAGUAAACCCAUACCGGCAGCUGCAGGAGCUGUACAAUGUUUCGGCUGUUGAACGCUACAGUCGUCAUCACCUGGGAGAAAUCCCCCCUCACAUCUAUGCCAUCGCCAACGAGUGCUACCGGUCACUGUGGAAACGCAGCAACAAUCAGUGUGUGCUGAUCAGUGGGGAGAGUGGCGCAGGUAAGACAGAAAGCACUAAGGUGAUUCUGCGCUUUUUGUCAAUGAUGAGUCAGCAGAGUCUAGAACUUUCUGUCAGAGAAGCAUCAUCACAAGUGGAGGAGGCACUCUUAGAGAGCAGUCCUAUAAUGGAGGCGUUUGGCAAUGCUAAGACAGUGUAUAAUAAUAACUCCAGCCGCUUUGGGAAGUUCAUCCAACUUCACUUCAGCCACCGGGGGAACAUACAGGGAGGAAAGAUCGUCGACUACCUAUUGGAGAAGAAUCGUGUUGUGCGUCAGAAUCCAGGAGAGCGGAACUACCACAUCUUCUAUGCUUUGCUAGAAGGAACCAGUUUGGAACAGAGGGAGGCCUUCUCUCUCCUGCCAGCUGAACAUUUUCAUUACUUGAGCCAGUCUGGCUGUGUGAGGGACCACACCAUCAAUGACACACAAACCUUUCAAGAAGUGCUAAAUGCCCUGCAGACGAUGCAAUUUGGGGAGGAGAGUAUCCGUGAGGUUUUAAGACUUUUGGCUGGAAUUCUGCACCUGGGCAACAUAGAAUUUCUCACGGCUGGAGGAGCCCAGGUCUCGUCUAAGACAGCUCUUAGCAGUGCUGCAGAGCUGCUGGGGUUGGACUGUACUCAGUUGGCGGAAGUUCUGACUCACAGAUCAAUGAUUCUCCGAGGAGAAGAGAUCAACACCCCGCUUACUGUUGAACAGGCGGUAGACUCACGUGACUCCAUGGCAAUGGCCCUUUACUCUCAGUGCUUCACCUGGAUAAUCGGCAAGCUCAACAAGCGCAUCCAUGGCAAUGACAACUUUAAGUCUAUCGGCAUCCUGGACAUCUUCGGCUUUGAAAACUUUGAGGUGAACCGGUUUGAGCAAUUCAACAUUAACUAUGCCAAUGAGAAGCUUCAGGAGUAUUUCAAUAAGCACAUCUUCUCACUGGAGCAGCUGGAGUACCACAGGGAAGGACUAGUCUGGGAUGAUGUUGACUGGAUGGAUAAUGGAGAAUGCCUGGAUCUUAUAGAGAAGAAACUUGGCCUGUUGGCUCUAGUGAAUGAGGAGAGUCAUUUCCCCAAAGCUACUGAUGCUACACUGCUGGAGAAACUCCAUAGCCAACACUCCAAAAACCCUUUCUACACAAAGCCUCGGGUUGCUGUGCACUAUUUUGGAGUAAAACAUUAUGCAGGAGAGGUGGUGUAUGAUGUGAGAGGGAUCCUGGAGAAAAACAGAGACACUUUCAGAGAUGACAUUCUCAACUUAUUCAUGGAGAGCAGGUUGGACUUUGUGUAUGACCUUUUCGAGAGGAUGAGUAGUAGGUGUGGGCAGGACAUGAUGAAGAGCAUCUCACAGCACCGCAGGCCGACGGUCAGCUUGCAAUUUAAGAAUUCUUUGCACUCCUUGAUGUCCACCCUUAGCAUGUCAAACCCUUUCUUUGUGCGCUGCAUCAAACCAAACAACAACAAGAUGCCAGAUCAUUUUGAUCAUUCCCUGGUGUUGAACCAGUUGCGGUAUUCUGGGAUGUUAGAGACAGUGAGGAUCCGGCGAGCCGGCUUCCCUGUUCGGAGAACCUUCCAGGAUUUCUGCGCCAGAUACUAUGUGCUGAUGAGGGGUGUGGCCAUGUGUGAUGAUUUCAAGGAGUCAUGUCUCCAUUUGCUUCGCCUAUUGGACAGCAGCAAUGCAGAAUGGCAGCUGGGAAAGACAAAGGUGUUCCUGAGGGAGAGUCUGGAGCUGCGAUUGGAAAAGAAGAGGGAAGAGGAGGUGCUUAAGGCUGCAGCCAUUAUACAGGCCCAUAUAUUGGGCUACAGGGCACGGAGGCAGUACAGGCAGUUGCUGCAGUCUGUGGUGGUGAUCCAGAAGAACUGGAGGGCACUAUUCUGGCGUAAGCGCUUCCUGAUGCUUCGCUGGGCCUCGGUUACGCUCCAGAAAAGGGUCAGAGGACAAAGGGCACGGCAGUUGUACGCACGUCUCCUGGAGCAGAGGAGGAGGAGGAGGGAGGAGGAAGAGAUGAGACGAAGACAGAAGGAGGAGGAGCUGGAGAGGGAGAGACUGAGGAUGGAGGCCGAGCAGAUGGCUCAAGAGUUUGAUAUCACUUGCACACAGGCAGAGGAGGCACGGAAAGCAGAGGAGGCCCAGUGGGAGAGGGAGGAAUUUCAGCAGAAGAGAGAGGAGGAAGCUCUCCGGCAUCAGCAGUCGGUGCUCCCGGCGGUGCCACCUGAGUGGAUGUCCAAGGAUGAGCAGCUGUCUGAGGAGGGGGUGCGUCCACAUGAGGUGUCACAGGUGGAGGAGAUCCUGCGUCUGGAGCGGGAGAUCGAGGGCCUGAGGCGGCAGAAGGAGUCGUGGGAGCAGAGCCUGACGGCGCAAUCAUUAGCCCGGCUGCAGAGCCUGCGUGACCAGGAGCUGCUGCGGCUGGAGGAGGAAGCCUGCAGGGCGGCGCAGCAGUUCCUCUCCUCCCUCAACUUCCAUGAGAUCGACGAGUGCGUGCGCAACAUCGAGAGCUCACUAGCACUGCAAGAAGGUGUGGCCAGCUCCAGCAGGGUGGUGCCGAGGGCAGAGGAUGAGGAGGAGGUAGACGAAGGCUUGGGUGUGGAUGAGGAAGGGUUUAAAGACUCACCGAACCCUAGCGAGCAUGGCCACUCAGAUGGGCAGCGCACCAGCGGGAUCCGUACCAGUGACGAUUCAUCCGAGGAGGACCCCUAUGCCAAUGACCGAAUGCCCCCGGCCCUGGCACCGCCCACAAACAUGACAUUGGCCUAUCACAACCCACCAUGCAGCAGGGACAUUGUUUACUGCCGGACCCAGGAGGAGGAGGGGGUGGAACUGAUUCCACCAGAUGAGGACUCGGAUUACGACGCUGAUGAAUAUGAUGAAGGUGGCAUCAUCAUGCCUCCCAGUAUGCCUCUCUCGCUGUCUCACAGUGGCCACUGGUCCCUUGAUCAUCGCAGCUCCUUGGCAACGAGUACGAGUGCUAGUUCAGGGGCUUACAGGUUCAGUUCUGAGGGAGCACAGUCAUCAUUCGAUGACAGCGAUGACGACUUUGACAGGCUUGAUACGGAUGAUGAGUCUUCAUACCGACGGAAUUCCGUGUACAGUUGUGUGACACUACCCUACUUCCACAGUUUCCUCUAUAUCAGAGGUGGCCUGCUGAACCCGUGGAAGCGGCGCUGGUGCGUGCUGAAGGACGAGACCUUCCUGUGGUUUCGGAGCAGGCAGGAGGCUCUGAAGCAGGGCUGGAUGCUCAAAAAGGGUGGAGGCUCCUCCACGCUCUCCCGCCGCAACUGGAGACGCCGCUGGUUUGUCCUCCGCCAGAGCAAGCUCAUCUACUACGAUAACGAUGCCGAGGAGAGGAUGAAGGGCAUGCUGGACAUGCAUGAAGCCAAAGAGAUCAUUGAUAACACAGGGAAAGAAAAUGGAAUAGACAUUGUGAUGCCCGAGAGAACAUACCAUCUUAUAGCAGACACAGCAGAAGACGCCAGCCACUGGUUCAGUGUGCUAAGUCAGGUGCAUACCUCCACUGAACAGGAAAUUAGAGAGAUGCAUGAUGAACAGGCUAACCCACAAAAUGCUGUGGGCACACUGGAUGUAGGCAUGAUUGACUCUGUGUGCGCCUCAGACAACCCAGAGAGGCCCAACUCCUUUGUGGUCAUCACCGCUCACCGUGUUUUGCACUGUAAUGCAGAGAGUCCCGAAGAGAUGCACCACUGGAUCGCCCUCCUGCAGCGCUCCAAAGGUGACACGCGUGUCCAGGGCCAAGAGUUCAUCAUCAGGGGCUGGCUACAUAAGGAGAUGAAGGGCAGUAGUCGUGGAAACCUGAAGCUAAAGAAACGUUGGUUUCUACUUACCCAUAAUUCCCUAGACUACUAUAAGAGUUCAGAGCGGAAUGCUCUCAAACUUGGCUCUCUGCUCCUAAACAGCCUGUGUUCCGUGCUGCCUCCUGAUGAGAGAGUAUACAGAGAAACUGUAGGUUACUGGAGUAUGAUAGUGUUUGGCCGUAAGCACUCCUAUAAGCUGUACAGUAAGCUGCAGAAUGAAGUCUGUCGCUGGGCCAGUGCUGUGCAGAAUGUCAUCGAUACCAAACCACCCAUAGACACCCACACACAACAACUCAUCCAGGACAUUAAGGAGAACUGUUUAAAUUCAGAGGUUGUGGAUCAGAUUUACAAGAGGAACCCAAUACUGCGCUACACACACCAUCCUCUUCACACACCACUACUGCCUCUACCCUAUGGAAAUGUCCACUGCAGCUAUGAAAGGGGGCAGAGCUACAGCACUUUGCAGGCGGAAGCUCUGAAGCUCUUUAGCACUCUUCAUCAGCUGGAAGGAGUGGCUGACCCAGUGCCAAUCAUCCAAAGCCUUCUGCAGACAGGUCAUGAUCUUCGACCUUUGCGGGAUGAACUCUACUGCCAACUCAUCAAGCAAACGACAAGCCCUCCUCAGCCAGGCAGCCCUGCCCACAUCAGUGGCUGGCGAAUCAUCACCUGCAUGUGCUGUACCUUUAGCCCCUCCUCCAGAAGCAUCCUCAAAUACCUCAAAUAUCACCUUAGGAGGACACGGGAGUCAUAUCAGGGGACAGAGAUGGAGCGCUAUGCUGCGUUUUCUCAGGAGGCCUUGCGGCAUGUGCGUGGGCGGGAGUGUGUUCCGUCACGUGAAGAACUUAGAGCCAUUCUCAGUAGACAAGAAAUGAUAACAACCGUGUAUUGUCAUGGGGGUGGGUCCUGCAAAAUCACUAUCAACUCCCACACCACAGCAGGAGAGGUGGUAGAUAAACUUCUGAAGGGCCUGGCCAUGGAGGACAGCAGGAACAUGUUUGCCCUGUUUGAACACAAUGGCAGCACAGAUAAAGCCAUCGAAAGCCGUGCGAUCGUGGCUGACAUACUCGCCAAGUUUGAGAAGUUGAUGGAUGGAGGAGAGGAUCAGGAUGGAGGCUGGAGGUUUUAUUUUAAGCUCUACUGUUUCACAGACACAGAAAGCAUUCCUGUAGACAGUGUGGAGUUUGCAUUCAUGUUUGAACAGGCUCAUGAGGCAGUGAUUACUGGGAAGUAUCCUGCUCCUGAGGAAACACUGCAGUUCCUGGCUGCUCUCCGACUACAAUAUCUGCUCGGGGACUACACUACCCAGAAUACUUUAUCUGACCUGGAACAGGUAUUCCCAAUGGCACGCCUGCAAGCACGCGUUCAGCGAUUUGCCCCCAGCAACACCAGUACCAUGGCAACCACAGAGAAAAAGAGGGGCAGCUUCUUGGAUGGCACACUCAGGAGGAGCUUCAGGGGCUCACUGGGGCGACAGCGGCAGGGGGAAGGGUCUGCAGCGGUGGAGGCGUGGUUUCAGGAAGAGAAAGCGGGACUAAAGAGCUGUUUGGUGGAGAAAUGGAGGAAAUUGCAGGGAAUGACUCAGGAUCAUGCCAUGAUCAAAUACAUGAACCUCAUCAGAGAGUGGCAAGGAUAUGGUUCCACACUCUUUAACGUGGAGUGUGUCGACGGGGUGUAUCCUGCAGAGUUGUGGCUGGGGGUGAGUCGUAAGGGAGUGUGUGUGCAUAAGCGGGGAGAAACAUGGCCUUUGGAGGUUUUCUCCUACGAGGAGAUUUUGUCUUUUGGAGCCCCACAGUCCAGCAUGUACAAAAUCAGUGUGGAGGGGAGAGACCUGCUCUUCCAGACUCAACAGGUGAUGGACAUUGCCAAACUGAUGAAAGCUUAUAUCAGUAUGAUCGUGCAAAAGCGCUUCAGCACCUGUCAGUCAAUCAGUAGCCACUGCAGCCAGUGCAGCAACUGGUGAACUCUUUCUUUCCUUGGACCUUCCAACUGUGUACCUAACAAACUCUGCCUUACAGAGACACACACACACACACACACACACACACACACACACACACCUGAAACAGUGUGGAAGAGGAGGGUGAGUUUACUCUAGGACAUUCCCAGAUUAAUGAAACUAUCCAAGUGUCAGUGAGUGUUCCACUCCAAAAAAAAAAACCCAAAAAGCCUAACUUUAUGGUGAUGAGGUAAAUAACCCGUGAUAUCAUUCAUCUGAAAGUGCCUAAAGAAACAAAAAGACCCAGCAGGGCUACAAGUGUCUUAAAAAAGAUGUCUGCAAACAGAGCACACAUGUACUGCAGGAAGAGCAUGUGCAGUCUCAGUUAUUGUCCAUGCACCAUGCAGGUCUGUUUAAUACUGAAUGUUUCCUAAGUGUUCCAGAAACACUGCAUUAGCGUUGAAGUUCUAGUCCAGUAGCAUUUCACUGGAGUUCUGCAGGCAGAAUCUCCAGCCAGAGACACACAGCACUAAGAUGGUGCCAUUCUGUAAGAAUGCACACACAUGCUUAUGUGCAUGCAUACACACAUAAAUGCACACACAUGUUCACAUACAUACUCACCUUUAUUCACAUACAAACUGAUCACAAAUCUAGCCUCAGCAUCUCUUUGUAUUGUAUGUGGUUAUAAUGUGCAAUGUGAUCUUAUUACUGAAAAGCUGUAUAUUUUAAAAUCGUUCUUUUUGGUAAAGCACGCUAACGUCAAGUGACUUUUGUUGCUACUAUUAUUAUUAUUAUUCUAAAGUUCUUUUACCAUGUUGCAUCAUUCUGUUUCUGAGAAGCUUAAGAAAGUAAAAUCUGAUACACCAGAAAUAUGCAAUUUUUUCUUUCCUAUGUGUAUUAGUUGUGAUAUGUAAUAAAAGAACCUGUGAAACGAAA